GUUUUUUUAAUUUUUUUUUUUAUAAAAGAGUUUGCGCGUCUGUGAGUCGACUGUAAGAUCAAAGGACAAAGAAUUCGCGAGGCCCAAACCCCAAACUCGACGCUGUGAAAAACCUUGAAUUCUCUGAUUUUCUUUCUCUGAGAUCCGCCAUGGGUUUCGCUACAGAGCGUGAAAACUUCGUCUACCUUGCCAAGCUCUCUGAGCAGGCAGAGCGAUACGAUGAGAUGGUGGAUGCAAUGAAGAAGGUUGCAAAUCUUGAUGUUGAAUUGACAGUUGAAGAGAGAAACUUGCUCUCUGUUGGGUACAAGAAUGUUGUUGGUUCUCGUCGAGCAUCAUGGAGGAUCCUAUCAUCAAUAGAACAGAAAGAGGAAGCAAAAGGAAAUGAGAAUCAUGUGAAGCAACUCAAGGAGUAUAGGCAGAAGGUUGAAUCAGAGCUCUCGACCAUUUGUGGUGAUAUCAUGACAGUGAUCGAUGAGCAUCUAAUUCCUUCAGCUACAGUUGGUGAAUCUACUGUUUUCUAUUAUAAGAUGAAAGGAGAUUAUUAUAGGUAUCUUGCAGAAUUCAAGAGCGGUGAUGAUAAAAAAGAGGCUGCUGAACAGUCGAAGAAAGCAUAUGAGAGUGCCACCAUUGCUGCUGAAGGUGAGUUGCCAACUACACAUCCCAUCCGCUUGGGUCUGGCUUUGAAUUUCUCAGUCUUCUAUUAUGAGAUCAUGAAUUCUCCAGAAAGGGCUUGCCACCUUGCAAAGAUGGCUUUUGAUGAAGCUAUUGCUGAGCUUGACUCGCUGAAUGAGGAGUCAUACAAAGAUAGCACCUUAAUCAUGCAGCUUCUAAGGGACAACCUCACAUUGUGGACUUCGGACCUUCCAGAGGAUGGAGAAGAUUCCCAGAAGGUGAAUGGCACUGCCAAGGUUGGUGGGCUGGAAGAUGCGGCCUGAUGCAGGUAGCACCUUAGAAUGCGCUCACUGUGUAUUAUGGAUCAAGGAUGGAUCUGAGUCUUGUGUACCUUGGUGUUGGACAAAAUUAGGGGUUCAUUGUUUACCUAUGUUCUUAUUUUUGUACUGAUUUUCUUCUUUUUUAUUUUUCCAUUUGAGUCAAGUCCCGUGUUAUGUGGUGUGGUUUAUUAUAGCAUUGUAUCUGGACAUGGUCUGAGCUGCAUUCGCACUAGCUUUCCCUUUUCGGUGAUCUCGGAUUAAGUAUAGAGGAUUUGACCUGAUUGCUUAGGGUGAUUUUCUUGUAUUAGUGAAAAUGCCAUAGCCCAGAUGGACGAAUUCAUGCUGAUUUGCGCUGUUUGGUGUACUAAAUUUGAAUGUAUGUUGACGCUGUUAUGUUAAAAGUCCACUCGGUCGUGCUUCUUACUUUGUUGUUA